AUGUCACUUCUCAAAACUUUCGGCCAAGCGCUGCAGCGCUCGGUCGAAGUAGCUCGAGACGAGACCGCCAAGAUGAUGCGCAUGGAGAUCUCGCCGACGUCAAAGAACCAAGGCGCACUUCUCAUCUACGCCUUGACCCAGCCUGCGCAUCUCUCCAACUUCGCAACCGGAUCCGACUCGGACAUUGGUGGACUAUCGCAAUGUCGACUUGGCCUUGACGAGUCGUCGCGUGGCCGCUUCUACGGCACGCUGUCGUCGCAAGUGCCGAGGGGAGGAAAGAUCGAGAAGAGUGGAUACGCAGGCUUCCGCAACCGUAACCGACCCACGCUCUUUGGGAAUCAGUGCUGGGACACGACGGUACACCCCUACCUGGCUCUGCGAGUGAGGAACAAGCUCGCUAGGAAGCCGGUAGCGAGCGCAGAGAAGAGCGACAAGGCGGGAGGGCAGACGGGAAGUGGAUUGCGGGCGGCUCUUCAUGCAAGCGAUCCUUCCGGUCCGGCUGCAAGUCGCGCCAUCCACGCGCUUGGGCUGGGCAGGAAGGAGCUACCCGGACCCAAAUUCUUUGUCAACGUCCAGACCGACGGACCUGUCACCAGUGACUUGUUUCAGCACCGACUCUAUCUCGACGAAAACAAGGGCUCAGAAUGGCAAACUGUAGUGAUUCCAUUCGACGACUUUGUGCUCACCAACACGGGCCAAGUGGCCAACUCGCAAGUCUCGAUGAUGCGCGAAAAGAUCCGCACGGUCGGUAUUUCAGCCGUGCUCGAUGUGCCAGUUCCCCCGUCCGCAUCCAAGCCGCCUACCAAGGAUGCGCCACCGUCUGCACUCUCUCGCGGCUCGCGCUCGUCAGAGGCAGAAGAGGACGACUGGGCCGUCGAUGGCGAUCUUCGAGGUGAUAGCGACGAGAGCGAGGCGGUACGAGGAAGCAAGAGGGGAGCGACGUUCAAUUUUGACUUGGGACUGGAAAGCGUCUAUGCGGUGGGCGAGCUGGAGGAAUUGGAGGGCGCGUUCCAGCAGUAG